AUGGAAACACAGAAGCCCACUGAGGGCGCCAGGCCCUUGAGCCAUUACUCGGGGUUGGAAGCCGAUAAGAUUGACCGUGCUAGCUCCAUCGCCACCUCCAUGGAGAACGCAGCUCCAGCCGCCGCACCCUCGGCCAUCGACUUCGGGUGCUGUUCCUCUCUCCCUCGACGAUGUGCAAGCCGUCGACAUUCAGAUCCGGGACCUGUCCGUGGUAGUGGAUACGUCCCCUUCCUGGCUCGAGCCCUCCACCUACCCCCAGCUUUUCAAGGAACGCCGCUUUUCGGCGCCAAAACGCCGAGCGAAAAGACCCUGCUCCGCGAUGUGAGCGCUUCACUGGCCCCGGGCACGCUAACCGCCAUCAUUGGCGGGAGCGGGUCGGGUAAGACAACUUUGCUGAACACUUUGGCGGAAAGAAUGUCUAGCCCCAGGUUGACGGAGACGGGAGAGGCUACUUUCAAUGGUGCUCGGGGCGUUCACUCGACCAGGCAUGCCUAUGUUAUGCAGCAGGAUGUCCUGUUGCCGACGCUGACUGUGAGGGAGACCUUGCGCUAUUCGGCUGACUUGAGGUUACCGUCCUCCACUACGGCCGAGGAAAGAAAGAAGGUCGUGGAAGAGGUGAUAUUGGAGCUUGGUUUGAAAGAGUGCGCCGACACGCGGGUGGGAAGCACCCAGCACAAGGGCGCCUCCGGUGGAGAGAAGAGAAGAACGAGUAUCGGCGUGCAACUUUUGGCGAACCCAUCCGUCUUGUUUCUUGACGAACCCACCACGGGCCUUGAUGCCACUAGUGCCUUUCAGCUUGUCAAAACCUUGAAAUCCCUUGCACAAAAGGGCAGAACUAUCAUCACCACCAUUCACCAACCGAGGCAGCCCUGUCUACUCCGGACCGAUGAAGGGGUGCGCACCUUGGUUCGAGAGUCAGGGGUUCAAGCUCCCCCAUUUGUCAACCCGGCCGAGUACUUUAUCGAUAUCGCCGCCGCCGAUAAUCGAACGCCGGAGCUCGAGGCUGAGAGCAUGGCGAGAAUCUCUCGACUUAAAGAGGCGUGGGUGGAGGAAACCCGCUCGAGGUAUCCCGCAGCGCCCAAGGCUGGAGCCGACACCGCGAACCACAAACAGCUAUUUUCGAGAAAGGGGAGACAGCACGCAACGUUUUUGAGACAGCUCACCGUCUUGACUGACCGCACGUUCAAGGUCACUCACCGCGAUCCCCUAGGCAUGCUUGCAGCCACCGUGGAGGCCAUCCUCAUGGGCCUCGUCACCGGCUACAUCUUCUACAAUAUCGGCCGUGAUCAAUCCGGUAUCCGAUCCCGACAGGGCGCUCUGUAUACGGCUGCCGGUCUUCAAGGCUACCUCAUGCUCAUGUUCGAAGUCUACCGACUCACUAUCGAUAUCCUAACUUUUGACCGAGAGCACAGCGAGGGAUGCGUCGACGUGAUUCCCUUUGUAUUGUCGCGCCGAUUUGCGAGGCUAUUCACGGAAGAUUUCCCCGUUCCGUUUUUAUUCAGUGUCAUAUUCUAUUUUAUGGCGGGCUUCGAGAGGGACGCUGAAAAGUUUUUCAUUUUCUUUGCCAUUACCCUGCUGAACCACUAUGUUGCCAUGACCUUGAUUGCCAACCUAGUCUAUACGCUGCAGAGUAUGGCAUGCGGAAUGUUUAUUCAGAGCAACACUAUUCCCGUCUAUGUUCGCUGGCUCAAAUGGAUCACAUAUACGUCCCUCGGCUUCCCCGAGAACUGGGUAUCGCGGCCAAUCCUCAUUCUUGUCGCCUUUGUCGUCGCGCUCCUUCUCCUGUCCGCUUUUCUUCUGUACUUCCUCAAGGUUGAAAUGACGAUUGCGCGAGCCAGGACAUCUGACACGGAUCUAUCGGCCGGAAAGGAGAAGAUGACAGCGAGAUCUGUUGCCGAGGUUCGUAGCAUCGAUGUAGGACUCGACGACUUUGCCCUUGACCUCGAAAAGCGAAACGCAUACGGUCGGAAAUUGCCGCAGAAGACGAUACUUAACCCGGUGACGGCAACCUUCCAAGCUGGGACGCUCAAUGUGAUCAUGGGCCCCUCGGGAAGUGGAAAGACGUCACUUUUGAACUGCAUGGCGACGAGACUGCAUAAUACCGUGGGAACCAAGUACUUGCCCCGCGGAAAGCUUACGUUCAACUCCGCGGUCCCAUCACGGGCUGUGAUCCGGUCCGUUUGCUCGUACGUGUGUCAGGAUGAUGACGCCCUACUACCGUCACUGACGGUGCGGGAGACGCUUUACUUCGCCGCCGGUCUCCGUCUCCCGUCUUGGAUGAGCAAGGAAGAAAAGAGGCGCCGCGCAGAAGAAGUUCUUUUGAAGAUGGGCUUGAAAGACUGCGCAGAUAACUUGGUAGGAAGCGAUCUGAUCAAGGGCAUCUCGGGAGGAGAAAAGCGUCGCGUGUCGAUUGCGGUGCAGGUACUCACUGACCCCCGCAUUCUACUCCUUGAUGAGCCCACCUCAGGGCUUGAUGCCUUCACCGCCAAUUCCAUUAUGGAGGUUUUGCAAGGCCUCGCAGCCGAGGGCCGGACGCUUAUCCUGACGAUUCAUCAAGCUCGAAGCGACCUAUUCAAACAUUUUGGUAACGUUUUACUGCUGGCCCGGGGCGGCGAGUGUGUGUAUACGGGGAGGGCGACGGAGAUGCUGGAAUACUUUAGGGGUCAUGGGCAUGAGUGUCCCAAGCACACAAACCCGGCUGAUUUCGUGAUGGAUCUCAUCAGCGUCGACUUGAGGGAGGAAGAACGGGAGCGGGAAAGCCGGGAAAAGGUUCGGAAGCUCAUCGAGGCCUGGAAACGAAACGUCGCGCUAUGCGAUGGGUCCGAGGAGACGACAGAACACCCAGUGAAGCUACCCAAUAUUGCCGAGAAAGAGGAGGCCGCAGAUGGGGACAACACGGUGCACGGCGACAACGAAAACGGCAUUGCGCUGACACGAACGGUGUCGUCGAUUCCUCGCCGCUCUCUUCACAAAGCUACGCUUGCGACACCGGCCGAGCUUGGAGCGCUUGUGACCAGACGCGCCUCGUUCCUGAGAGCACUGCCGCUACUGCUCCAUCGGGCGACCAUCAACUUCCGCCGCCAACCCGACCUUCUCUUGGCACGAACAAUGCAGGUUAUCGCGCUCGGCGUGGUCUUUACCCUCUUCUUUGCUCCGGUCGAUAACGACUUUUACUCAGUGCAGAACCGGAUGGGCUUCGUGCAGGAAGUUGGCGCGUUCUAUUUUGUAGGGAUGCUGCAGAACGUUGCCGUCUACCCGGCGGAGCGAGAUGUGUUUUAUCGCGAGGACGACGACGGCGUGUACGGAGUUGACGCGUUCUUGGUGCAGUACACUCUAUUGGAGGUGCCGUUCGAGGUUGUCAGCUGCCUCGUAUUUGGUGUGUUGGCAGACUUUGCCGUCGGCCUUCCACGGACGGUGGAGAUGUACUUUGUGGCGACGUUUGCGUGCUUCGGGAUCGUCUCCUGUGGCGAAAGUCUUGGUAUCAUGUUCAACACAAUCUUUGCGUCGCACACGGGCUUCGCUGUCACCCUUACCUCGGUCGUCCUCUCGAUAGCCAACUCCAUGGCGGGCAUCCUGUCGACCAAGAUGCCGCCCCUUCUCAACGCCAUGAACUACCUGUCCCCCAUCCGCUACGCCACGCGCGCUCUCGCACCUUACUCGCUACGAGGCGUCGAUUUUACGUGCGACGAGGCGCACAGCCUAAACGGGCGGUGCAUCAUUGAGACGGGAGAGGACGUGCUGGACCUUUACAAGCUCAAUGUCGAUCCUGUCGUCAACGUAGCGGCGUUCGAGCCUCUGCUGCCGGAAACACAAAAUGAGUGGCGGGGCACCUCGUAUGCCUCCCCGGCACAUCGAAGGCGUAUACUACGGCCCGUAUUCCCUGAGGAGGUCCAUCAGUAUCUCGUCGACCCCUCGAGCCAUCCUCAGGCAUGGCUAGGAAGUCCCGAGAAUGCAGCAGGGUACUCCUCCAAGGCCUCCUCGGACCAUUCUGAUGGGAAAGAAGACACGGGUUCCGAGAAGGAGCGUCGUCCCAUAAUUUACCUUUUGCUUCCGCCAGUCUACGAAGGCCAGCAGCAUGGCGAGAACAGCCAGCCACCUCCCCUGCAGCACCCGGGGCGGUACGAGCUCUAUCUGAGCCAUCCCACGACGGUGGAGCCCUACUGGUACGGCGAAGACGCCGAAUCCACGUCGUCCAUGGGACCCAUGCAUCCCGGAGACAUUGAAGAACGCGACGGCCCUACCAUUAUGGGUCGACACUCCCCCAAGUUUCCAGUUCACUCCGUUAGCGAGAUGUGGGUGGCGCCUGGAGCUGGCCAGGCCGGUGUCGACGAGUGGAUGAGCGAACAUUGCAAUAUCACCAGGUUCCACGGGUGGCCGCAGCCCGUGUGGAAUACUUUUGAACGACACUUUGACACGGGAUAUGUCCCCGAACAGCCCUGGGGCUUUGAGGAGAUCCGUAACCUGCACGCCAACGACAGAAUUGAUAGGUCUCGCGGCCCGGCCACGCACUGGGACGUGCUUGAAGACCCCAACGACCGAGUCGUUCGCUCAUGCUCGGCCGAGGAGCCCGAGACGCAAGUGAUCCCCUACAUCGACCAAGGCGUCAGAGCCUUCUCCACGCCCGGUCCCGACGAGAUCUCUCGAUUCAAUAUGCUCGCGAGCGAACACAGCGUCGGCCCAGCCACACCUUCCUUGACAUCGAAGAGCGAAAGCGAGGGCGACAACGAGUCGAUCGACAACACCAUUGUCCUGCCGUCUACCAAGCACAGCGACAUGUCGGGCGCGGACGGCCCCGCGCAAGCCAAGAAGCGGAACAAGAACCACCCGACUAAGCGGUACAAUAGGCGCGCGAAGAAGACGGAGAUUAAGCAGAGGAAGAAGGCGGAGCGGGCGGCCGAGGGAGUCGAGUCGCGGAAGAAUCAGUUCUUGGACCCUUCUGAUGCCCUUCGAGUUGCGCCUAAAAGAAGAGCUACCACGCCUGAGGUCGCCAGUGACGAUGCAUCAUCCUCAGAGCAGAUGAUUUCCACAGACAAGCACUCAAAGUCGCCUUCCGGCCACAUUGCCGAAGCCGAUGCCAAGUUCAAGGCUUCCGGGGCGAACAUUGAGAGCAAGAAGCCCGCGCCCAUGACCCAGGACGAUCGCGGCUCGCUGCCAAAGAAGAGCAGCCUUCGCAAUGUGCUCUCCUUUCGCUUCCGCCACUCUCCCACUGCGACUGAAAAUUCCUCUGAGCAGGAUGGCGUUCGCCUCAAGUCAGCUCCUGUUGCUAUUGAAAUGCAGACGCUCGCGCCUGCUAGCCGAGCCACAGCUUCCUCGAUCAAGAAAGUUCCAAACGCUGAGCCUGCCAAGAAGGCUAACAUUUGA